AUGCAUUUAUAUGCAUGCCCAGCGCACGCGCAGGUACAUCGCCAAGUCGGAAGUGUGACACUCCGCUUGCCAACAUAUUAUAGCAGUUUUCCACGUCGGCAAGGGAAACUGCCUUCCUUGCCGUGAUACGACUUUUUUCGUGCAGUCAGUCAGUAGAUUGAUCGAUCAACCGAUUGGUCAACGGGGGGAGCAGUCCACAAGCUGAACAGUCCACUCGGUUAAUAAUCAACCGGCAUAACAACCAAACAACCAAACAGCAAAAUAGCUAAACACCCCCCUGGCCGCACAAAUUUGAAGAAGUCUUCCCAGCCAAAUGAUUACAUAACAUUUCACAAAAUAAAUACGAAAAAGGAAAGAAAAAAUUCAUCAAAGUUCUUUUGGUCCCCCCUUCUUUUUCACAAUCAUCGUGUUAACUAUGUGGAGUUUUACGAAUUUUAAUAAUUUCCUGGGAAGGGACUUUUUAAACAUAUCCGAACCGUUCACGGAAGAAUACACUUGCUAUCCUGUGUCAUUCAUUGGGAAAGAUGACAUGGAAAAUGGAAACAAAAUUAUACUUCCACAGACUGCUCUAAAUGCCCUAGCUAGGAGGCACAUUUCAUGGCCAAUGCUGUUCGAAGUUUCUAACCCGUACACGGAGAAGCGCACACACAGUGGGGUUCUGGAGUUUAUUUCAGACGAGGGGACGUGCCACAUGCCAUACUGGAUGAUGCAGCAGCUGUGCCUGAAGGAAGGAGACAUCGUGAGAGUCACCAGCGUUAGCCUACCCAAAGGCACAUUUGUUAAACUGAAGCCGUGCUCGACGGAUUUUAUGGAACUCUCCAACCACAGAGCUGUCCUUGAAACGGCCCUGCGGAAUUACGCCACCCUGACCAUUGGCGACAAUAUCGUAAUUCACUACUUGGGAAAGACAUACGAGAUAAAGAUUGUGGACUUGAAACCCGCCUUCGCAUGCACUAUUAUCGAAACGGACGUCGAGGUUGAAUUUGAAGAGCCAGCGGACUACAACCAAAGUGUGCAAUAUGUAGAGGAGCCCGUGUCCGUGGAAGAAAGCAAAUUCAAAGGAAAGGGACAAAGGACAGAUGGAAAAGUCUGCAAAACCAGUAAGAAGGAUAAAGUCAAGCAGAAGGUUGUUGAAAAUAUUGAGCCGUGGAAGGAUAAGCUAGUUGGAGGAGUCAGGACCAAGUGUGCCGAGUAUGAAGAUCUGCUAAGGAAGGGCCGUAUCCCUGGAAUAAUCGGAAAAUUUCAAGAACGAAAAAACUGAGGACAAUCAAGGGCAUGCAGUGUACACUUUUGUAUACGUUUUGGCUCCUGUUCGGUUUGCCUCCAUUUAGUUACCACGCUGAAGGGAGCUCCUUCUCUUCACAAGCCAUAAUUCGAAUUCGUGUAAAUUUGUGUAUUAAAUUUUUUUUUUUUUUUUUUUUUUUUUUUUUUUUUUUAACGUCACCUCUGCGUAUUCACAAAUAUUUUUUGUUAAAAUGUGUUUUAUGUAUGAUUAGCAACUUGCAACAAAAAAAAUAAAAAAAUGCGAAAGGGGAAAAACUACCCAAAACGA